AUGACUCGUUUCAUCAGUCUCAUUAGUAUUCUACUCCUUACUCCCGGGAUCUACGGCCAGUGUAACUUGAAAACCGCCGGCGCGUACUUCAAAAGGUCAUUGUACGAAUUCUCCAACGACUUAGCGGUCAGGAUCAAUUAUGAAACGGACAGCCACUUCGUCAUGUCCGGUCUGUCGGCGUGGACUCUUAUAUCCGCACUUUCCUUCGGUGCUACAGAUGAAACUCUGCAAGAAAUCUACCAGGUUGCAAGGCUGCACCCUCAUAAAUGCUUCAAUAACAAAAUCUUCAAGCUUCUCCGGGAUCAGAAGGAAACUGCCGUCGGGACGCUGGAGAAAAGCUCAGCUUUGUUCGUUGACGAGAGGAUGAUCGUGCAAGAAAAAUUCCAGGUGGACGUGCAGAAAACUGGUGUUUGUGGGGUCAAAGUUCUGUCUUUUGACGAUACGAUCUCCUCGGCAGCCACUAUCAACCAAUACGUCAACGAAGUCACGCACUCAACCAUAGAGGAGAUAGUCAUCCCAUCCGAUCUGGAAGGUGUGAUUCUAGUGUUGAUCGAUGCUCUAUACUUCAAGGGGGCUUGGAAAACCCAAUUCCCAUAUGACGACACCGAACCCAGCGCCUUCUACAACCAUCAAGGGAACCAAAUCGGUGAUGUGAACCUCAUGUUCGUCACGGGCUCAUUCAAUCUGAGCAGAAUCGAUCAGUUGAAGUCAAGCGUUUUAGAAUUGCCCUACGGCAACGAUGGACGUUUCUCGAUGCUGAUCUUCCGACCGCACAAUGACGUGACCGUGUCGACGGUCAUUCAAGAAAUGAAAUCCAUCAGUUUGGCUGCUAUAUUGGACAGCUUCCACGGGGCUCAUAGUGUGGCCGUGCAGAUACCCAGGUUCAAGGUCACAUCGGACAUAAACAACUUGAAGGAGCUGCUGAUAGACAUGGGACUGAUCACCAUGUUUGACAGCGACCGCGCCAGUUUCUCCGACUUAUCCGAUUAUCCGGUCUACGUGUCUAAUUUCAUCCAGAAAGCCAAUAUAGAGGUGACAGAGGAUGGAACCGUCGCCUCCAGCGUUAGCGUAGUCACCUUCGAGGCCAGAAUGCUUCCAGACCAAUUCGUUGUGAAUCGACCGUUCUUGUACAUGAUUAUUGACAGAGCGCUGGAGAUCCCGUUGUUCAUUGGAGCCUAUUCAGAGCCAAGUCUGUUUUAG